CUGUGUGGUUGACGACGCGACGCCGAAACUCCUGCGAGCUCCUUCCGUGGCCUGGUCACACGAGUAUCCCCCCAGACGCGUUCUAGCCGAACACACGGCCACCAUCGUGCGUGUGUGGGUCCCAGUCGUGGGUGUUCGGAGUGCGAGUGAGUGUGUGAGCGAGUACAAAUUAUGAAUAAAAAGUAUUCGAAGCAAACACAGGCUGCAAGGAUAACAGAGCAAAACUAAGAAGUCUCUAAACAGAAAUUCAUAUUCAUAUUCAUCAAGAAGUUCUCGCGCCCGCGUAUGUGUGUGCGUGUGCGCCUGUGUCUGUGAGUGUUUCCUUCAGCAAAGGGGGAUUCCCUCGUACUCAUACUCUGUCGGCUGUUUGGCCAACGUUUUGACAAAUUAAAAUGCAUAAAUUAUGAAUGAAAGUACCGUUACGUGCGUGACAACCAAUCAUUUGUUAUUAUUAUGCACGUGGCCAAGCGACUCCUAGCUCGACUCUGAGGCCAGAACCAGAGAGAAAACACCUCCUUCGAAAACCCACCACAAGCUCCCGCGAAUAGCGACUCCAAGGUCCGAGCGGCACCUCAGCACCUCGGCGGUUCCUUCAAGUUCCUUCGAGCCACCACGAAAAGAAACAAGAAAAAUACCAGUCAUAAGCUGCCAAUCCUGCCACACGGAUCCUGCCAGACCAUUGCCGAUGUUUCAAUUAAAUACAGUGCGCUGAGCGACGGAGGAAGCCCGAAAUAGAAAUAGAAAUAGAAAAAGCCAUAGCCAUAGCCAAAUAGAGGAGCAAACACAUACACAUACACACACACAGGAUACGGGAUACGGGAUACAGGAUAUGGCAUGUAAAUGCGACUGCCGUCUGUGUGCUUGCGGGGGUGUGUACUGUACAGUGGAGCACGCUUAAUGGGAAGAGCAAAUAGCAACGGGCUCGUGGAAAAUAAAUAUAAAUAAGCAGACGACAGAGCCAGAGCCAGCGACAGAGCUAGCGCCAGAGCCAGGGCGAGAAAAGCAAUUGGUUGACGCUUUCCCUCGUUGGCGGUCAAGGGAAAAUUUAUUGCAUUGCACGAAUGAGACAAGAGGAAAACGCAAACGAAGCAAAAGCAAACACAGAUAGAGAUAGAGAGCCAGAGAGAGCUAGAGAGAGUGUAUGAAUAAGAAAAAUAACCGAAAUUUCCGCAACAAAUUGAAAAAUUAAAGUUGCACCCAAGAAAAAAGCCAAAGCCAGCGAGGAAACUUGUUCGGAGAACUUAUCGAGAAAGAGAGAGAGAGGGAAGGUUGAUGCAACAGCAACAUGGAUGCGCCACACUAUAGACGUCGCCACCUCAUCCUCGCCUGGAUCCUCCUGCAGCUCUGCUACGAGGCCGCGGAGGGCCUGACAAUGACCGAAAUCAAAAUACCCAAGCACAUAAUGCGGCACGAGGACGCGGCGCUCGGCUGCAAGUUUGAUCUGGACGGAGAGUCCUUGUACUCCGUGAAGUGGUACAAGGACGGGUUCGAGUUCUACCGCUAUGUGCCGCGCGACAUGCCGCCGGGGCAGGUGUUUCCCCUGCCCGGAGUCGACGUCGAGCUGCAAAACUCCACGGACGUGGUUGUUGUUUUACGUUCGGUUAGCCUUCAGUCGACUGGACGAUAUCGCUGCGAAGUGUCCGGCGAGGCGCCUUCCUUUCAGACAGUUUCCGGUCACGAGGACAUGAUUGUUGUGGUGACACCGAAGCACGGACCACAGAUCACCGGCGGACAGCCGCGCUACCAAAUUGGCGACAUGGUGCGCGUCAACUGCACCUCGGCGGCCUCCAAGCCGGUCUGCCAUCUCAGCUGGCUGAUUAACGGGAUGCACGCGAACCGCUCGCUGCUGCGGCCCUACGAGCCGCUGAUUGUGGGCCGCGAGGGCCUGGAGGUGGCCCGGCUGGGGCUGGAGUUCCGCGUCCGCGGGUGACAUUUCAAGCACGGCGACAUGAAGCUGAAGUGUGUCGCCAAAAUCUCCUCCGUGUAUUGGCAGAGCAACGAGGAGAGCGUGGAGAGCGACAAGCACCAGAGGAUACCCGUGCUCGAGUCACGGGAGACGGUCAUGUCCAAGUCCCGCCAGUCGCUGGACAAGUCCCAGUCCCCGCUGGAAGCAGACAAGCAGCUGAAGAAGAGCCGACGCCCCGCAGCGGCCACCUCGGCGGCGGCGAGUGCCGCCUCCUCCAGUGCGGCAGCCUCAUCAUCAUCAGUGUGGGGCACGGGCUCAUCUGCGCCCUGGUCACGCAUAUUAGCUUCCAAAUCAAUUGCACGCAUCUCCCUCUACGCGCUGCCAGUCCUAAUAGCCUUUCUGUGUAGCCUUCCGACGGCCCUGACGGUCCGAGGGAGCGGCCAUCGGAGGUGCUGCUGCCACUGGACCUGCAGCAGGAGGACUCUGCUGUCGACCCAAUUAAACGUGGACGCUGCUCCACGUAGAUAACAAUUAACAAAGAUGUUGGCCAAUAGAGACGAGGACGUGGAGGAGGAGCACGAGGAGAAGGGGCCUCCAUUGUUUGGUUGGAAAAUCCCAUCAAGUUCUUUGUAAAUAUUUGCAUUUACAUCCAGUAUACGCCGCGUAUCGGUCCUGCUUCAGUGUGUGUCUGUACAUAUCUAUAGAUAAUUAUUAGACGGGCUCUAGGGCCAUUUCCACCAUAGAACGUCGUUGUUCCUCUUUGGGCUUUCCGCUUCUUAGCUCCCGAGAAAAUGCUCAACACAAAAGAAAUACAAAUAAAGAAAAGAAUACACACCACACGUAUGCUUGAAAGAUACUGUAUAGAUCUAAGAUUAAAGCCCAAGCAAGUAGCCAAAAAACCCAUUAGGGACUCGGAGAUCCCAGUAUUUAAUCAUCUCCUAGGCUAAGCAGAUCCUCUGGAGGAAGAAAGGGUGUAAACAGAUUCCAUUUGUGCUAGAAAUAACGAAUAAAUAAGGUCUAGAGAUGGUCCCAACUAAAGCCUAGAUUAAGGACAGACUAGAAGAAGAUAUACCGAUGUAAAGGCGUACAAAAAUACUCACAGAUAUUAUAGAUUUCCAUUAUUUUCUUCGGUUCCCGUUUGUAUUGCUUUAAGGAUCCCAGAAAUAAACGUAGCCUAAGAUUGUAUAUAUUUUAAGGAUAGUUUUCUCCGUACGGCAGUAGUAUUUACGAUUACAGUUCUCCUAGACAUAAUCGGGGUGGGGGAUCUACGAAUAUAUAUAUCGCUAUUCUCAUCCAUUCUCUCUCUCCAAUCACGACACUCAUCCCAUUCAUCCGUUUCACUGAACUUAUACGUAUGACGCGCACCUUAAGGCAUAUCUGUAUGUGUAACCCCGUAACCCUCUCUCUUGUAUGAUGAAACCAAACCAAUUGUUAAAUGUUAAUAGGCUAAGGGCAUAACUAGCGAAAUUAUAUUCCAAUCCGAUAGAGAAUUUAAGCCAAAACCCAAAAACACAAAAACCCAAAAACCCAAACCCUGUGUAGCAGUGUAAAAUAUAUGCGGAUAAUGAAUGUUAUUAAGUCUUUAAAGAAAUAAAGAA